UUGUAACCUGCCAGCAACGUAUUCAAAGGGAAAAAACAAGCAUCAUUUCAGUUCAUGCAACACACAAGAAUUCUGGGGAAGUCAUUGAUGUUUUUUCUUUUUCUAAAAAUGGGAAAAAGUUGGGGAAAAAAUCGCCUCUGGUAAAAAUAAAAAAAGGGAGGGGGGGGAGAGAAGAAGGAUUGUGGUUGGAACUGUUAGGAAAAGUGCAAAAGAUUUGUGAAAUCUUUCUUUCCCUGUGACUUUUUCUCUUCAACUUGGCAUAUGUUUGAUGGCUUCUCUUAUAAACAAAAAGAGCCCAAAAAGGAGAACUAGACGGAAAAAGAAAAUCCUAAAACUCUUCCACUCAAGUAGGCAGUCCUCAUACGGAUUCUCACAACUCCAUAUAGGUUGACUCAGCCACUCAAAAAUCAUCACCUUUAAAUUCCCACCUUAGCUCUUCAUUCCUCGACUCUUCUACAAACUCUCGCUUUUGCUUUUGCUUUUGCUCUUGCUCACACACAACCAAGAAAUAUAACACCAAACUCCUCUCCAUCUCCCUAUUCACUUCUGAAAAAGAAAAUGAGCUUUCUCAGACAACAAAACAUCCUUUUCUUUAGAAGUUUCAUCACCUUCUCCUUUAUCUGCAUGGCUGUUAAAGUGAACCUAUGUUUUUCAACCAUCCCUUCUUCCUUAAAAACUCUUUCCAUUGAUGGGUAUUUCAAUUUUGAUGAUGUUCAUCAUGCAGCCAGAGACUUUGGCAAUAGAUACCAAUUCCUCCCUUCAGCAGUCCUACACCCCAACUCAGUUGCUGAUAUUGCCACAACAAUAAAGCACAUUUGGCAGAUGGGUCCUCACUCCGGGCUGAAAGUAGCAGCAAGAGGUCAUGGCCACUCACUCCAGGGUCAGGCACAAGCUCACCAAGGAAUUGUGAUCAACAUGCUAUCACUCCAAGGCACUAAAAUGCAGUUCCAUACCGGGAGUUCCCCAUAUGUUGAUGUUUCUGGUGGCGAGUUGUGGAUAAAUAUCCUCCGUGAAAGCCUGAAAUAUGGGUUAGCCCCGAAAUCUUGGACAGACUACCUACAUUUAACUGUUGGCGGUACUCUGUCUAAUGCUGGAAUCAGUGGGCAGGCAUUUCGGCAUGGACCACAGAUCAGUAAUGUUCAACAGCUGGAGGUCAUUACAGGAAAAGGAGAGGUGGUAAGUUGUUCAGAGAAGCAGAGCAGUGAUCUCUUCCACAGUGUUCUUGGAGGCCUUGGACAGUUUGGCAUCAUAACACGGGCGAGAAUAUCAUUGGAACCAGCACCUAAUAUGGUGAAGUGGAUUAGAGUGCUGUACCUGGAUUUCCAAACAUUUGCCGAAGAUCAAGAGCAUCUAAUAUCUGCAGAUAAUACAUUCGACUAUGUUGAAGGAUUUGUGAUAAUCAACAGGACUGGUCUCCUAAACAAUUGGAGAUCAUCCUUCAAUAUACAAGACCCUGUACAAGCCAACCAAUUCAAGUCUGACGGCAGAACUCUCUUCUGCCUAGAAUUGGCCAAAUACUUCAACCCAGAAAAGACAAAUGUAGUAAACCAGGAAGUUGAGAACUCACUGACCCGGUUAAGCUAUAUUUCAUCAACACUUUUCCAGUCAGAGGUAUCCUAUUUAGACUUCCUGGACAGGGUUCACGUCUCUGAGGUCAAACUGCGGUCAAAAGGUUUGUGGGAGGUUCCACACCCAUGGCUCAAUCUUCUAAUCCCUCGAAGCAAUAUUCAGAAAUUUGCAGAAGCUGUUUUUGGCAAUAUCCUUACAGACACAAGCACCGGCCCCAUCCUCAUCUACCCAGUAAACAAAUCAAAGUGGGACAACAGAACUUCUGCUGUUAUUCCAGAUGAAGAUGUUUUCUACUUAGUGGCUUUCCUUUCCUCUGCAGUUCCCUCUUCCGCAGGAACUGACGGCUUGGGACACAUCUUAAACCAGAACAAAAAAAUUCUGGAAUUUUGUGAAAAUGCUCAUCUAGGGGUGAAGCAGUAUUUGCCCCACUACACAACAAAGGAAGAGUGGCGGGCCCACUUUGGCCCACAGUGGGACCUUCUUGUCCAGAGAAAAUCUGCUUAUGACCCUUUGGCAAUAUUAGCCCCUGGCCAAAGAAUAUUUCAAAAGGCAAUUCGCUACUCAUGACCACAGCUUUAUUGUUUUCCUCUUUGGCUUUACCUCCUCCUUGCCUUCAUUCCUCCCUUCGAAAGAGAAAAGAACACUAAAGAAAGAAAAAGGGAAAAAGGUCUUCAUUGCAAUAUAUAAGAUGGCUUGGUCACAGGUUCUGUAAAUAUUCAGAUAUUGUAACUAUAAACAAGGAGGCUUCAGGGCUGGUUGAAAUUCUUUUGACUAAUGGGUCAGAUACGAAUUAUGGAACAGAAUUAUAAGAGCCAUUAGGAUAGCAGUGCCUAAGUUUGAUGUAUACAUUGAUUAUCAUAGCAAAAUGGUUAUCCUCAAUCUAGUUCCAAA